AUGUCUGAAAAUUCCAGUGACAGUGAUUCAUCUUGUGGUUGGACUGUCAUCAAUCAUGAGGGGUCUGAUAUAGAGAUGGUGAAUUCGGAACAUGGUGCAGCCAGUGACAGCCGGGAGCUCACUCCAGAGUGUGUAUCUGUGGAGCAAGAGAAAGUACAAGAAUUCCAGUUAGAGCUGGGAGAAAGCAGCCAGACUUCCACACUGGUGAUUGGAAAAACUGUGUAUGCUGCUAUGGAAGAAACCAAGUCUGUACGUGCGGCAGAGGAGGAAAAGUCACCUGAAGACACUGCCUAUUUUGGAACUGUUAGUGACGAUUCUGAUAUUGUUACCCUUGAGCCACCGAAGUUAGAAGAAAUUGGAACUCAAGAAGAAGCUGUAAUUGUUGAAGAAGCACAGAGCCCAGAAGACUUUAACAUGGGUUCUUCCUCUAGCAGCCAGUAUACAUUCUGUCCACCAGAAAUAGUAUUUUCAUCACAACCUAGUGACGAUGAAUCAAGUAGUGAUGAAGCCAGUCAUCAACCCAAUCCUGCUUUUAGACGCCGCCGUUCUAGGAAGAAGACUGUUUCUAGUUCAGAGUCUGAAGAGCGGAUGCCAGCUGAACAAGAAACUGAACCUUCCAAGGAGAACUUGCCUAAGCGCCAAUUCAGUAGUGGUCUUAAUAAAUGUGUUAUACUUGCUUUGGUGAUUGCAGUCAGCAUGGGAUUUGGACAUUUCUAUGGCACAAUUCAGGUUCAGAAGCAUCAACAGUUGGUCAGAAAGAUCCAUGAAGAUGAAUUGAAUGAUAUGAAGGACUAUCUUUCUCAAUGCCAACAGGAACAAGAGUCUUCUGUAGACUAUAAGUCACUGAAGGAGAACCUUGCAAGGUGUUGGACCCUUACAAAAGCAGAAAAAAUGUCUUUUGAAACUCAGAAAAAGGACCUUGCUACAGAAAAUCAAUAUUUAAGAAUGACUCUGGAGAAAGAAGAAAAAGCUUUGUGCUCAUUACAGGAAGAGUUAAGGAAACUAAGAGAACAGAUUAGGAUAUUGGAAAAUAAAGGGACAAGUACUGAAUUGGUUACAGAAAAUCAGAAACUUAGGCAGCAUUUGGAAGAGGAAAAGAAGAAGACAUACAGCUUUUUUAAUCAAAGGGAGACUUUACUGGCAGAAGCAAAGAUGCUGAAGAGGGAACUGGACAGAGAACGACUAUUAACCAUUGCUUUAAAGGUGGAGCUCCAGCAGUUAAGCACUAGUCAGUCAUAUAGCAAUCCAGACUCUCCCAGUGUAUUGGCUGAAAAACAGGAAAUUGAAACCUUACGGGGAAGACUUACAGAACUAGAGCAGAAGCUAAACUUUGAACAGCAGCGUUCUGAUUUGUGGGAAAGACUGUAUGUUGAGGCAAAAGAUCAAAAUGGAAAACAAGAAACUGAUGGAAAAAAGAAAGGGGGCAGAGGAAACCACAGAGCUAAAAAUAAGUCAAAAGAAACAUUUUUGGGUUCAGUUAAGGAAACAUUUGAUGCGAUGAAGAAUUCAACCAAGGAGUUUGUGAGGCAUCAUAAAGAAAAAAUUAAACAGGCCAAAGAAGCUGUGAAGGAAAAUCUGAAAAAAUUCUCAGAUUCUGUUAAAUCUACUUUCAGACACUUCAAAGAUACCACCAAAAAUAUCUUUGAUGAAAAAGGGAAUAAAAGAUUUGGAGCUACAAAAGAAGAAGCAGCUAAGAAAUCAAGAACAGUUUAUCAUGGCUAUAUACACCCACAAUAUAAGGCAACUACACAAAACCAGGAUAGUAGAGGCCCUACUGUGCAGAGAGAGGGAAGGAAGAAGCCAAUUCACUCUGAAGGAUUUGAAACAAACACAAAUGCACAGAAAUGCAGUGCAGCACGUGACUGUAAUGGACAUUAUCGUUCUUUGAGAAAGGGUUGUUCGGAUGUAAUUGACUGUGCUCGACAGGAAUCCAUUAGCCUGUUUAAUGUAGUGUUGAAUCCUGUAAGGAUAGAUGAAUUUAGACAGUUAAUAUUAAGCUACUUACUAGAAGAACUGGAUGGUUUCCAUCAUUGGAAAGAACUGGAUCAAUUCAUCAAUAAGUUUUUCCUAAACGGUGUCUUCAUACACGAUCAGAAGCUCUUCGUUGACUUUGUCAAUGAUGUUAAAGACUAUCUUAAAGCCAUGAAGGAAUAUCAAGUAAAUAAUGAUGGAGUGUUUGAGAAUUUGGAUGGAUAUAUAUAUAGACACUUCCUUGGUGACACUUUUUCCCCUCCAUAUGGACCCAGUCGACCUGAUAAAAAGCAACGUAUGGUAAAUAUUGAAAACUCCAGGCAUCGAAAACAAGAGCAGAAGCCCCCUCAGCCACAGCCUAAUAAAAGGGAAGGUAAAUGGCAUAAAUAUGGUCGCACUAAUGGAAGACAUAUGGCAAAUCUGGAGAUAGAAUUGGGGCAGUUACCUUUUGAUCCUAAAUAUUGA